AGGGGAUAUUUGAAUGUGGCCGGUAAAAUUUAUGUCCGCCAUGUUUACGAGGAGCUGUUCCGCCUCUUUCGGUUAUUCCCCUUCGCGGUGCCCGCCUCCAUCGCCUCCUCCCCCGGUUUACCGCUCCCUCCACCCCCGGCCUCCGCCUCCGCUGUAGUUCAUCCCCGGGGCCAGAAGCUCACCUGUUGACGGUGAAGCGAGCCAGCAAGCGAACCGUAACCAGCGUUCCUACUCAUCUUCUCCCUGGAAAGUUAGAAUUUAAACCACUGCAGAGAAAAAAGUACAAUUUGUCGGUUUUUCGGAAGAGAAACCCACGUGAAGUUUAGAAAGUGAAAGAGGUUUUAACGCAGCCUCAGCGUCUUUCGGAGGUUGGAGCAACUUUUUCUGCUAAAUGAAAGUUUCCAAAACGGAGUGAAACUACAAUAAAGAAAUGCCCCAAAGCCACAUGGAGAGCCCUAGGAGUCAGUGGCACGAGGAACCGCAGUCACCGUGGCUGACCCACGUGGCCAGCAGUCCCGCCUCCUCGGGGGCGGAGUCGGAUACGGAGAGCAGCAGCACAGAGAGCGAGAAGUCUUGUAUCAAAAAGACAGAAGUGGGUUCCCCUAAAGUGGUCUCUUCACCCUCCAAGGUCCAGCAGAGAAUUGUCGAGAUUGACCAGCAGAAGGAAGAACUCAAGAUUGAAUUGCAGCUGGAGAUCGCGCUUCUGCAAGGCGAGCUGCAAACGGAGAAGACGCAGCUGCUCAGGCACACGUGCAAGCUGCGAGAACUACGAGAAAGAGCACAGCCGAAGCCUGGCGAAAGUCGCCGGAAAGAGCGUGAGCAUCUGGAGAAAGAGAGGGUCCGAGUGGAGGAGCUAAAGAGAAAGUGCCAGGAGAAGCGGGAGCUGAUCCCGAGUCAGCCGGAGAACCAGAGGCAGCGGCUGAUGGUGGAACUGCAGCACGACAUUGAGGCGAUGGAGGCUGCAGUCCGAGCGUUCGAGGACUGGGAAUUCCGUAUUCUGGAGCAGGAAAGCGGCGUGGACGAGGAAGAAGAGGGCAAUGAGGAGGUCAGGGAUGAAGAGAUGAGAGUGUCCUUGGAGAGGGACAUUUCCUGCCAGCAACUUGCUGUCAGCGCAGCACAGGACCGUGUGCAACUGCUGGAGACGCAAUUAAAGGACAUGGAAGGCGAGAAGGAGCGAGAGUUGGACGCCCUGAGCAAGCAGAAGAGCGAUCUCAUGCACUCUGCUCACAUGGUUGUCCAAGAGAAGAAACCACUUUCUGAUUGGUCCAAUAUCACUGGCUCCGCCCCCUGCAUGAUGUCACUGUCACCUCUUAGUGUUCACAAGCCCCCUCAGGAGCCGAGCAAGGACAGCGGCACUCUUCCCCGGCGUCGGAGCUCGCAUCGCAGCAGUAGACUGAAGGAUAGGCCCCUCUCAGUUCAGGGCCUUGUGAGGACCCUACCAAAUAGCAUCUAUUCCCCUGAGGCGUACGUCUCCCCCCUCUCCUCUCCGUCCCAGAAACACCACAACGGGUACGUCGUUGGGCAACGAGCCGACGCCGCCAACGGCUGCGAGCGCCUCACGCCGUGUGACAGCACUCGGAGCUCUCGCGCAGCCAGUCCGUGUCUGAUGGAUCUGGUGGAGAUCGAGCGGAAAUUGCGGGAAGCCAAAGCGGAACGAGAGAGGCUACUUAGAGAGAGGGAAGAGCGGCAAAGAGCGGUGUUGGAAAAAAGAAGACAGCGGCAGCUCAACUCUCCCAUGACAGAAGGAGACGAUCCGCACAGGCCAGAAUCACAGGAGAACCAGAAAAGCUCACUAAAUUCUCCUGAGCGGCUACCUCUGUCCUUGUCUCCGGACUUUGACCUGCGCGCCCACGUGGAGUCCCUGGGUCACGGGGUUUCAGGUUGCACCGACCUGCGCCUAACGUCUCGCCGCUGCGCCGGCUUUCUGACAAAGCGUGGCGGACGGGUCAAGACCUGGAAGAAGAGGUGGUUCCUCUUCGACGUGGACCACCGACGACUGGCCUACUACACAGAUUGUGAUGAGAGGAAGCUGAAGGGCGUUAUUUACUUCCAGGCCAUCGAAGAGGUUUACUACGACCACCUGCGCACCGCCGCCUCUUCACCUCGUCCCAGCUUAACGUUCUGCGUCAAGACGUACGACCGCCUCUUCUUCCUGGUGGCGUGCAAUCCGGUGGCCAUGAGGAUCUGGAUGGACGUCAUUGUCACGGCGACUGACGAACACAGCCGUUAUUGACCUCUACAGGUGAGCGUUUGCUGAAGAAGGAGAAGCUGUUACUUUAUAAGGAGGACGCUAAUCAGUCUGUUACUGGCUGUUUCAACUCCCUCUACUGGCCUUUGUCGGGCAUUACAUCUCAGUGAUGUUACAGGACCAAUACAAAAACGGCCAAUCAUAAUUGAAUUGAUUAAUCUCCAUAUUAUACUGGACAUUUUCAUUAACUUAUUCUAUGGAAGUGCGUGGGGAUUGCCAAAAAAUCAAGUCAUACACUGUUCUCAAUGCACUAUUAAAUAUGUAAACAAAUUACGUUUCUGUCUUUUCUUUUUUUAACACUUUCUGGGACAGUGGUCACUACAGUGGACAGCCAUUUAAAAGUUGACACUUAAGACCUUUAGCCUUUUGUAGGGAAAGGGAGUAUUUAGUCAUUUAAAAAAACAAAUAUUAGCAAUUAUUAUUAUAUGAUUAUUUUUUUUAGUUUGUAGUGAUUAUUGUAUUUUUUUAUUUCUUAAAUAAUUAUGGAUAUAUGUAUAAAAUUAAUAAAAAGAGCAAAAUCAGAAAUACACACUAGUAAUGACCCAUUAUAACAAUCUAAAGUAGAUAUUUUUUCUCUAUGACAGGAUAAAAAAAGGUCUUAAAUAGCAUUAUUAUGUGAAUUAAAAUUAUAUUUUGAGACGAUUCGACUAUAUACAACAAUUUGGCAAAGCGCAGAUGACGAGAAAUUUGUUUUUUAAUCUACGUUUAGCCACACCUUUCAUUAUAGCGCUCUAGCGUCCCCAGCUGGAGGAAGACGUCGACAGGGUCACUAUUUCCGCUGAUUUAGAAUUCAGCCCAUUGAGAAAUAAGAUUCAGAACGAGGAAUAUAUGACACAGAGCAGCAAAAUGUCAUUAUUGUUUCAAUCUCUCUACUCCAAUAUUUUUACAGGACAUUCUUUUUGUCUAAGUAUUUUUCCCCAAUUGCUAAAUAAAUGGUAAGGUCAUAACGAAUAACUUGUCUUGUGCUAAAUGGAAUAUGAAAUAUUCAAAAUGCAUUUAGUCAGUACGACAUGGCAAAAUUACUCCAUAAUGGUCAAAACGAUUGACUUCUUGCACCUUCCGAAUGAUAUUUUACGCCACCGGAGUUGGUCCGGCUUUUGUCAUUUCCCUGCCCGGGCUUCGGAGAAUGUUAGCAAACCAGGAGGCGUGGCAGGUAGCCGACAUGCUAACCCGAACCGAGCGGUGUUUCAAAGUCUUAUUUC